AUGUUUCUUCGGCUGGUGGUCUACGUUGAUGACAGUCGCACUCCCAUCCCUUUAGAGGAUGCAUGUGUUCACGUCUAUAAUAUGCCAGACCUCUUUAUGUUCUUAGAGAAAUUGCUUAAACGGCCACCACAGCUUAUUUCCUACUGGAACUCGGACCGAGAAGAGUAUGAAGUACUCACUUCCCUGCAAUCUCUUGUGCAGCAUAAAGGCAAGAAGGAAACUUCACGUGAUCGAAAUAGUGAUAUCACUCCUUCUCAUAAUAACAAUAAUAUUAGUAAUAAUACUGGUAAUGGUAUGGUUGUAUCUGCUCAUUUAUGGGUAGAGACAAGACCACUCCGACUUGAGGUUGUUGAUCCAGAUGUGGAUGCUGAGGAAUAUGCAGAACUUAAAUCACAUGUGCAGAAUUGGGCAGGUAAUGCUUAUGUGAUGUAUUCUCUUCAAAAUGCAUUGCGUGUGUCGUGUCCCCGUAAUGAGCGAUUGUUUGAUCACGUGCGGUAUAAUGGACUGAAAGGUGAUCCUGAACGUGUUGAAUUACUUUACUACACAAAUAAUUCUCUUAGUAGUAAUGAGGUUCUAAAAAGAGGAUUUGAACGAGUAAUAGAAGGAGGUGGUCUUCCUCCUGCAUUACUGAGUCCCACAAUAGAAACAACUUCAGGUAAUGAACAUCAGGAACAUGUGAAAACUAAUAAACAACAUCCACUCUUUGUUUUUUCAUCCUCCAUGACAGAUAAAGGUGAUAAGGAGCCAUUUUCAUUAGAACCACACAAAGUUCUUCUUUGUGAAGUAGCACCAGGACGAGGAUGGCUCUCUAAUGUUCCAUUGUCAAAGAAUCUGAUUGUACCCCCUUCUGGUUAUGAUAGUGUAUAUUUCUUAGAAGAAAGAGAAGAUGGUCGUGUUGUAAAAGGUAUUCGUGUGGGUAAAAAUCAUCAGGCCCUACCACGAUAUGUAUUAACAAUUAUUGGAAAAAAGAAUGAUCGUACAAAGUUAAAAAAUAAUGGAGUACAAUUUGGUCAAAAUACAAAUACUACGACUGGUAAUAUUAAUAUAAAUCGUGUUAAUAAAGCUAAUUCUGGUUCUGCAUUACGUACUCCUUAUGAGUUUCACCGAAGUAGGAGUGUUGGUAGUCGAACCUCUUUUCAAGGAGGUUUACCCGUUUCACCUAGGAGUUCAAUGAGAUCUGGAUCAGCACCACCAAUGAAUAGACGGGGAAGGCGGAGCUCUCUACUUUCUUCCACUGUUACUUGUUCUGUACAUAAUGGAACUGUAUUAGGUCUAUGGUGUUUUAAAUGCAAUCACAUGAUAUGUCCCUAUUGUGCAUCUGUUGGGGAACAUAGAGGACAUGAAGUGUGUAAUGUAGAGACGGUGGCGGUGGAUGUCCGUCGAAAGUUAGAGGAUGUUUGUCAUUCUCUCUCAAUGGAGUUAGAUAAUUAUCAACGUGUACAAUCACAACUUGAGACGGAGCGAGAUCGUUUGCAACAGAAACAAAUGGAUGCCGUAAAAGCCAUGGAAGCGGCUACUGCAGAUCUUCACACACUUAUUGAUGCUAAGAAGAAGGAAUGGAUUCAACGCAUGCGAGAACAAUCACAUUGUCUAGACACACCACUAAAGGAAGUGCAACGUUUAAUAAAACAGUAUAAAGAAGCCAUUACAGGAAUGGAGAAAUCAUAUGAGAAAGCUGGAGAAGAUUCAAUUCAAUUUACAGAUACUACACAUCAUCAUUCUGAAACCGUUACUAGUGUUGUUUAUCUUAUGGAAGCACCUAAAUUACUAAAUGAAGGGGUUCUUUUCGCAUCACAACGUCAUGACUCAGACUUGGAAUUUGCCAUACGUACGGCAAAACAAGUUCGUGAAAGUGAGUCUGCUCUUUUUCAUAUUGAUUUCUCUGCUGUUCGUCAAAUGAUUGAGCAACUUGUUCCUACAAAAGGUAGAAAAUAUUCUAAUACCUCUGCUUUGAUGGCUCUCUCUCCUACUGGAAUGAAAUAUUCUAGACUUUCUACAACACCAGGUUCGACGGUAAGUAAAACUCCUUUAGGACUCAGUGAGACACCUCCAGCAUUGCCACCCGUACUAAAAUGCAGUAAUGGGAAAAUAGAUGAAUUACUCUCUUAUGAUUUAUCAGAGGAUACAGUUGACCAGGCACGAGGGAAGGUGUUGUUACGUCGACUCACAGAUGUGCGCACAGGGUAUAUAUGGUGUGUACAAAAUGCAAGUAAGUACUUUCAUCCUGAUCAGCGUCGUGCUGUGUGCUCUGGAACUUUUAGAUUACUUGAUCUUGAAUGGGAUUUACGAAUUCAGUCCCCAGAUGGAUCUACUGGAUGUAAAUCUGAAUCAUCUAAAGAUCGCCCAAAUCAUUCCGUUCAAGAUGAACCUGUUGGUCUAUUUUUAUUUCCUGUUGGUCAUUCUCUACGUGUUGAUUUUCGUGUAAGUAUUUUCUCUACAGUCUCUUGGGUGGAGUGGGGGGUUUCUGGCUGGCCGGCGUCCUUUGCAGGGAAGGGAUGGGGCGUCUACCCGUGGCUGCCAAGACGGGAACUCAUUCAAACAGACCGCCUGGCGAGGGAAAAUACACUAAAAAUAUGCGUGGCCCCUACCAGUGGCGUCUAUUAG